AUGCGUCCCCGCCCCGAACUCUGCUUCGACGGCGCAUCGGCUGCUAUCGAAGACGACGACGAGCAUCAAGAUCAUCCUAAGGAACCCAACAGUACUGACCCACGAGACAGCACUGCCGAAAUUGCGGCCAACGCCCCACGGUAUCGCCGCAAGAGCUCGACUUUCAUCGACGGCAUUCACGAUGUACCUGAGGACCAGGAUAUGGCGCCAGCCCAGCUGUACAGCACCAUGUCUGGACGACUCUUCCACUCGGGCCGCAUCGCCAUCGUGAUGGUGGGCCUGCCAGCACGCGGCAAAACGCAUAUUUGCGUCUCCCUGGCACGAUAUCUUGGAUGGCUCGGUGUGAAGACUCGUAUUUUUCAUCUCGGCGACUAUCGUCGGGCGACGGUCGGCGACGGUGGUGCUGUCCCUGAAGAUUACUUCUUCCCCAACGCCUCACCGGCAUCCGUCAUCUUGCGGCAGAAGAUUCUCAAGAAGUGUCGCGAGGACAUCUACGCCUGGCUCAAUCACGAGAACGGCCAAGUCGCUAUUUACGACGCCGUCAACCCGACCGCUGGAGGUCGUCGCUCGCUGGCCAAGGAGUUUGCCAAGCAUGACGUUCAGACCUUGUUUAUCGAGUCCUUCGUCGACGACGAAUCCAUCCUGCGGGACAAUGCACGAAACGUCAAGAUCUCUUCUCCAGACUUUUCCGGCAUGGAUCCCGACGACGCCGCCGAGCUCUACCUGAAGCGAAUCGACAUGAAGAUCCCCACCUUUGAGAUCAUGGAGGAGAAGGAACUGAACUACAUCCGAAUGAUCAACGCCGGUCGCAGGUUCUUCUACAACAAUCUCUCAUUCAACUACCUGUCUCAUCGCAUCGUCUUCUACCUCACAAACUUGCACAUCAAGUCACGCACCACCUUUUUCGCGCGAGCAGGUACCACAACCGAAGAAGACUCCUACAAAGCCGACGCACCGCUCUCCGAACAGGGCAAAUCCUACGCCGCCAAAAUGUCCGAGGUCCUCAUCAAGCACCGCGAGCAAGAGCGGGCGGCUCUGGUCGAGAAGCAGGGAGCUAACGUCCCCCUGCCACCCCUGACCGUUUGGACGUCGACCCGGCUUCGCACGGUGCAGACCUCAGACUACCUCAGGGAUAAGGGCUACAAAGUCCGUCAGCGCUCGCAGAUGAGCCAGAUCAACCCCGGCGUGUGCGAGAAGAUGGCCGAACGAGCCAUCCGCACCAUCUAUCCCGAGGAAGUAGAGAAGCACGAACUGGACCCGUAUCAUCACCGUUACCCCCGCGCAGAGUCCUACCACGACCUCGCCGUUCGCCUCGAGCCAAUCAUUCUCGAGCUUGAGCGCGAGCAGAAUGAUCUCCUCAUCAUCGCUCACGAGUCGGUUCUGCGUGUCCUCUACGCCUACCUCAUGCACUGUUCCACAAUGGACAUUCCCUUCCUCAAGUUCCCUCGCGAUGAGAUCAUCGAGAUCAUCCCAGCCGCCUACCAGAACGAGGCCAAGCGCAUUCAUAUCCCGGGUAUCGACCCCAAGAUUACCCCCGGCUCGCCAGAGGACAUCCGAAUCCCCGUCCCCGGCAGUAUCCCCGGCUCCGGCACCGCCAGCGGCGCGCUGAGUCCCAUGCCCGGCCUCUCGUCCCCCGCUGAACCUGUGGAAAGGCCGAUCGAGAAGGUUGUCAACUUGACCAAGGAGACUGUUGCCGACAAGGUGCAUGAUGAGGAUUAA